CAUUCGGUCGUUUCGUCGUUUGGUUGUCAAUGACAACUUUAACAUCUCGUCAUAAUUUGUUUUAUGUCAUGUCAAUUAAGAGGGCAUGUGCAUGUGAAUCUGUGAAUGUGAACAACUUGAAUGUGAACUGAAUGUGAACGUGUCAUCUCAAGAUCUUUAUUUCAUUAAAUAUUUGAUUUCUCUUGAAAGAGAUGUAGUGAGUGUAAACAUUUUGAAAUGUCAUUAUGUGAUUAAUUAAAUACAAUAGAGUACAUAAACUAUUUACAUGGGUGUAUACUUCCUAGUGUUUGAGUUGCCUUAACCUCCGCUUGUGCCUAUUGUUCGUAUAUACGCUAACCAUUUUUUACUCUUUAAAAAAAAAAAAAAAAAAGAAAAACAAAAAACAAAAAAUGAGAAGAGCGAGGAUCAAGGUUGCGGCGUCGGUCCCGGUGCGUCGUAAGACACAACUUGAAACUUCGGCUGAUGUAUCAAAACAGCCAUAUGCACCAGAACCUGAAUGUCCAUCAGAAAAUAGUGCAAAGUUGAAGACUGAUGCUAUUGCAGCUGAUCCAAUUCCAAAUUUGGAGUUGGAAAAGGAAGAGAAUAAGGUUGAAGAACCCAAGAUAUCAGAAAAAAUUGUGCCUCCUGUAAAACGAAGAGAAUCUGGAGAAAAAGAAAAGGAGCCGGCAAAAGGAGAAAAACCUUUGGACAGUGAUUCUGAAUCAUCGAAACAGGAUGCGCAACCGGACCAUUGUAGCGAGUCUCCUGCGAGGGCUGAGACUCCAGCUAGAAUCGAAAAAUCCCCGGCUCCCACUGUUGAAGGUUCUCCACAUAAAUCGAUACGUUCCUGUUUCACAAAACCAACCCCAAGAUUGGAUGGUGGUGGUAGAGUGCGGAGAAACAGCAUUCAAGGGAGUGGCGCCAGUGCCAGCGAAUCUGAAGACGAUAGUAGGAGAUCAAUUUCUACGGCUCAAGGCCGCGUGAGAAAUGACUCUAUAAGUUCUAUGCAGAGUUUAAAAGACACAAGCAAUACCAGUUCUGUGGCAACAAAAUUAAACCUGGGACAAAAAAGAAGAAUGGUUGUGUCUGAGUCAGCUAGAAAGCUUGCUGAGGCCAGGAGAGAUUUUAAUAUGAAGCACGAUAAAAAAACUCCAGAUAAAAGUAAAUUAACGAUGUAUGACCUAAUUUACUAUAAUCCUAGUACCAAUCCUAUGAAACCAAAGCCAGUGAAUCCAAGACCUGCUGCUAGGAAACUGUCAGUUUGUUCUAUUAUUGAAAAAGACAAGAAGGAAGAGGAAGCUGAUGAUACAUCAGGAAUGCCUGUUCCUCAAGUGAAAAUUGGGCCGAAUGGUGAAUUAAUUAUUGAUGAACAAAGUUUGGUUAUAGAUCAAUACAAAGCUCAAGAAAACAUAGAUCGCUCUGAAAUAAUAGUUGAUGAUGACUACUAUGGUAACGGGUUUUACAAGAAGCGCCCAAAAAGCAAAGACUGGAGUAAAUGGGAAACUGUCAAGUUCUACAAAGCCCUAAAUAUUAUUGGAACCGACUUCUUGCUGAUGCAAAGUAAAUUCCCUAAUAGGACUAGGCAAGAAUUGAAAUUAAAAUACAAAAAAGAAGAACGAAUUAAUGGUAAUUUAAUAGAGAAAGCUCUUCAGUAUCAAGAAUUUGACACAGAAACAUUGGAAAAGGAUUUAGCUACCGUUGAAGAAAACGAAAAGAAAGAGGUGGAAGAAGCUAAAAAAAUGGUCAAAAAAGAAACCUUCACGGGACGAAAACGGCGCAGAAGAUGUAAAGUAGUUAAUGAUGAAAUAUCUGGAGAUGCGCAAAAUGCAAAUUCUGAAAAGAAUAGCGGUGACGCACAGUCAAGUGACGAUGCUUCAAGGGUUACUAUCACCUCUAAAAUAACUCGAAAGCGCAAACGUAGAAAGGUUUUAUCCAGUGAAGUUGCUUCUGAAAUGAGUGACGAUGAUAGUAAAUCUAGUAGAGCUCCUAAAAAGCCUAAGAAAACUCCGAAGUCAGCAAAACAACAAAAGAAACCAAGUGGACGAUCAAAAAAACAGAAACUACACAUGGAUAAAGAAAGUGAUGAAUUUAAUGACACAAAUGUUGCCCAAGAUCCACAAGAAAAUAAUCGGGAAAAUUUGAAAGAUGUGGAAAACAGUGAAAUUAUGGAUGAAGAUAUUAUUAUGGAAUCAUCCAAUAAAGAUUCCAACAGUGUAGCUAAAGAAGAAAAUGUGACAGUAAAGUUGAAUGAAAAAUCAAAAACAGGAACAAAGUUACAUAAGAAAUUGAAUGAUGUGGAUGUUGAUGAUGAACCAAAAGAAAAAGAUGUAACAGAAAAGACUGGUGAAAAAUUAGAAAUACACACAAAUGCAUUAAAUGACAUUACUGAUGACAUAGCUAACAUGUCAAAUUUAACACCAGGGUCUUUGGUGGUGUUGAAAAAAGAUUCUGCAGAUGAACCUGGAAAGACUAUUUUGCAAGUUUACAUUGUCAGUGAUGAUUUUGAUGCUAGCAACCCCAAUCGAAAAGACAGUCUUAUACCAAUUGACAUGUCCCCAGAGGAGUUGAAAUCUGUUAAUAAUUGCAUUAAAGAUAUAGAGCCGCAGAGUUUUUGAUAAGAUUUUUAUUUAUGUUGUUAAAAUACGUAAGUGAUAAAUAUUAUGUAUAUUGUACAUAUAAAAAUGAUUAAAGCGAUUUUAAUAUACUUUGGCUCGUUACACGAAAUGCAAUCAGAAA